AUGGCGGCCACGGUCGAGAGUACUGCAAAAGCCUUGGAGACGGCUACAAUCUCCAAGACGAAGGAAUUGAAAGGCGCAAGUACCCCGCCAUUUGGUCCUGAGCGGGAUAUUUUGACCUCCAGACAUACCCUCAUCGCCAUCGAGAAGAAAUACCAGAAGAAAUGGGAGGAAGAUGGCGUCUUCCAGCCCAACGCGCCCACCACCACCGAGAUACCCCUCCACUCGAUAUCCGCCGCCGAUGUGCGCUCUCAACACCCCAAAUUCUUCGGUACGAUGGCCUACCCGUACAUGAACGGCACUCUACACGCUGGUCACAGCUUCAGCGUCAGUAAGAUCGAGUUCUCGGCCGGAUUUGCGCGGAUGCAGGGCAAGCGGGCGCUGUUCCCCAUGGGCUUCCACUGCACGGGUAUGCCGAUCAAGGCGUGUGCCGACAAGCUCAUCAACGAGGUAGAGCUCUUCGGCAAGAACUUUGAGCGGUACACCGAGGAGGACGCCGCGCAGGAUAAGGCGAAUGCGGCGUCCCAAACGCCGGCACCGAGUACGCACCACGAGGAUGUCACGAAGUUCACGGCGAAGAAGGGCAAGGCUGCGUCGAAGGUCGUCAAGAUGAAGUACCAGUUCCAGAUCAUGCGGGCGUUGGGGAUCCCGAUGGAGGAGAUCCAUCUGUUUGCCGAUACGAACCACUGGCUGGACUUCUUCCCGCCGCUGUGCCGACGCGAUCUCACGAACUUCGGCGCCAGAGUCGAUUGGAGACGCUCAUUUGUCACUACCGAUGCGAAUCCUUACUAUGAUGCUUUUGUGCGGUGGCAGAUGAAUCGUCUCAAGGAGCUGCAGAAGAUCAAGUUUGGCAAGCGGUACACGAUUUACUCGCCGAAGGACGGACAGCCGUGUAUGGACCACGAUCGGAGUGAGGGUGAGGGUGUGGGAUCGCAGGAGUACACGGCGCUGAAGCUGAAGGUUAAGGAGUGGGCUCCCGAUGCUGAGGCUGCGCUCAAGGGAAAGCUUCCUGAGGGUGCGAGUGUGUACUUCGUUCCUGCGACUCUGAGACCCGAGACGAUGUAUGGUCAGACUUGUUGUUUCGUUGGACCCAAGAUUACGUAUGGUGUUUUCAAGGUUUCCGAGAAGGAAUUUUUUGUCGUUACGGAUCGAGCUGCGCGGAAUAUGGCGUAUCAGGGAGUUUUCCCCAAGAACGGCAUAUCAGAGAAGGUUGCGGAUAUUAUUGGUUCGGCAUUUGUUGGAACCCUUGUCAACGCGCCACUUUCUAUCCACAAGGAGGUCCGGAUCCUUCCUAUGGAGUCGGUCCUCCCUACCAAGGGCACUGGAGUCGUCACUUGUGUCCCAUCUGACAGUCCGGAUGACUAUGCUACGGUCAUGGAUCUCACCAAGAAGGCCGAUUACUACAAGAUCAAGAAGGAGUGGGUGGAUUUGGAGAUCCUCCCUCUCAUUCAGACCCCAUCUUACGGAAAUCUCACCGCCAAGUUCUUGGUUGAGAAGCUCAAGAUUUCUUCGCCGAAGGAUACCAAGCAGCUCGAGGAGGCUAAGGAACUUGCAUACAAGGAGGGUUUCUACCAGGGUGUUAUGUGCUACGGAGAGUUCUCGGGCGACAAGGUCGAGGUCGCAAAGCCAAAGGUCAGGCAGCAGCUUUUGGACGCCGGUGAUGGAUUCGCCUACUCGGAGCCAGAGAAGAAGGUUGUGAGUCGAUCGGGGGACGACUGCUGCGUUGCACUUAUGGACCAGUGGUACCUUGACUACGGAGAAGAGUCGUGGAGAAAGACAGCCCUGGAACAUCUGGACAACCAGGACGGCAAGGGUCUCAACACAUACUCCCAGGAGACCAAGAACGGGUUCGAGGGUGUGCUCAACUGGCUCAACCAAUGGGCUUGCGCGAGAACUUACGGACUUGGUUCAAAGCUUCCUUGGGAUCCUCAAUUCUUGGUCGAGAGUUUGAGUGACAGUACCAUCUACAUGGCCUACUACACCAUCGCUCAUUACCUCCACGCAGAUAUCUUUGGAAAGAACCCUGGACUGGGUGGGUUUACGGCAGCACAGAUGACCGAUGAAGUCUUCGAUUAUGUGUUCGCUCGUCGGGAUGUCAGCGACUCGAUGCUUGAGGGUAGCAAGAUCUCCAAGGACGUCCUUGACUCAAUGCGUCGAGAGUUCGAGUACUGGUACCCAUUGGAUAUUCGAGUGUCUGGAAAGGAUCUCAUCCCCAACCAUCUGACGUUCUUCCUUUACAUCCAUAUCGCAAUGUUCCCCCCCGAGUACUGGCCCAAGAGCGUCCGCGCAAAUGGCCACUUGCUCCUCAACGGAGAGAAGAUGAGUAAGUCGACCGGAAACUUCAUGACCUUGGAAGACUUGGUUGGCAAGUACGGUGCCGAUGCUAGCAGAAUCGCCUUGGCCGAUGCUGGUGACGGUGUGGCCGAUGCCAACUUCGAGGAAGACGUCGCAGACACGACCGUUCUCCGCCUCUUCAACCUUCGCGAAUGGUGCGAAGAGCAAGUCAAAGACCAAGACAAUCUCCGCACGGGCCCGAAGAACGACUUCCUGGAUGCCCUCUUCGAGAACGAGAUGAACGGCCUGGUCCACGAUGCAAAGAAGCACUACGAAGAUACCAACUACAAGCUUGCCCUCAAGUCUAGCUUCUACGACUUCACCACCGCUCGCGACUUUUACCGCGAAGCCAGUGUGGCCGCCGGCAUCAAGAUGCACAAGGACCUUGUGUUCCAGUACAUCGAGCUGCAGGCCCUGCUUCUUGCCGUCGUUGCGCCCCAUUGGUCGGAGUAUAUCUGGCUCGAGCUACUGAAAAAACCUACCACCAUCCAAAACGCGCUGUACCCAGAUGUUCCUGCUCCCGUAGCUUCCCUCACGGCUGCGCGCGAGUACGUGCGUGCCACCAGCUCAAAUAUCACGUCGGCGGAGGCCGCCCAGCAGAAGAAGAAAGCCAAGGGCAAGGACAUUGGCUACGAUCUCAAGAAGCCCAAGAAGCUCACCAUCUUCGCCGCGGCCAAGUUCCCCGCCUGGCAGGAGAAAUACAUCGACCUGGUUCGCGAAGCCUGGAACCCGUCCACCCAGUCCGUCAACGACAAGGAGCUGAUGGGCACGAUUGGCAAGAUGGGGGAGAUGAAGAAGGCCAUGCCGUUCGUGCAGGCGCUCAAGAAGCGACUGGUAGCAGGCGAGAAGCCGGAGCUGGUCUUUGAGCGGAAGCUGGCGUUUGACGAGGUAGCCACGCUGGUCCACAUGACGCCGGGGUUGAAGAAGGCGGCGGGACUGAGCGUCGUGGAGAUUGUGCGGGUGGAGGAGGGUGGGAAGAAGGGGAGUGUGGUAAGUGUUGGGGGUGGGGCGGAGAGGGUAGUUGAGGGGUUGCCGGGGCAUGCGGAGGCCGCUGUGCCGGGGGUGCCGACUUUUGGCUUUGAAAAUGUUGAGCUGUAG